ACACAGGCCACCCACUACCAAUCGCCAACCUCAUGGCUAUAGAUUCCCAUUUUUAACAUAAAAAAGAAAAGUCUUAAACUACUCCCUCACUCACAUCACCAAAACCCUUUGAACAUGUCUCUUUUACACACUUUCCCAUCUUCAACACUUACUCAUAUAUACAUAAUCACACACACUAUUCAGCCACAGCUACUACUACAUUGUAAUUAACCAUGUCAAACCCUUCUUAUACCACUCUCCAAAGGCCUUCUAACAUCGUUGUACAAAGGCAUCAUAGGAAAGACAAGAACAUGGAUCAUAAGCUAGCAAGGGAUUUCUCCAAUCUCUCCAAUGAAGCUUACCAUGUUGAAUCUUCUUCGGUUCCCUUUGUGUGGGAAUCUCAACCAGGUACCCCAAAGGUUAGAUUCAAAGAAAACUCUCUCCCUCCUCUCACACCACCACCCUCUUAUUUCCAAAACACCACUCCCAAGGUCAAGAACAAGAACCCACCAAAAUCUACCUUUUUGCAAACUCUGUUCCCCAAACGUAGAAAAGAUGGUGCUCCUUCACAAACUGGAUCUCAAAACAUUUGGUCUUAUUCUUCUUCUUCUUCUUCUUCUUCUUCCCCCUCUUCUUCUUCAUCAUCGUCAUCUAUGUCAUUCUCCUCUCCACGGCCCACAUCGUAUUCUGUGCCAUCUUCUCCGAUGAUACACCCGAGGAAGAGUGUAGAAGAUGAAGACAUGUACGAGGUGACUAGUUCGAGUUUGUGUUUUGGUAAUGCCAGGUCGCGAGGGUGCUAUUCGUCCAUGUUCAAGAAGGUACUUCUUGGAGAUUUUCUGUGACAUGUUGUAGCUGUUUUCUGUCUAUGCUUGGUGUUAAUAAACGUGCCUAGUUGGAUAGAUUGUAUGUGCCAAACUGAUUUUUAUAGUAAUGAAGUGCAUCAUAUAUCUUUAACCUGCUA